UUUUUAAGAGUGUGGUCGAGUUGUCCGAGUAAAUUAAAAUGCUUGACGGUCUACCGGUAUCGAAAAAUUUCAGAAACUGUAUAGUAAAGAACAGAGCACAAGGUUCCUGCUCCGUCAUCAACAUUGGAACAACAACUUAAUCCCGGGAUGAAAAUGAUAAAAAGUGCUGAUAUGAGAUAUACGUAUGGAGACAUAGACCUGGAUAAAAACGUACUGGCGAUUCCAAGAUGUCUGUUGUGAAAUAAUUGCUGAUUUGUCAGAUGUACUCGCCCACCCUGUAAAUUCUUAUCUGAAGACAUUGAUUUGACUGGAAAAGAGUUACAAGGCUUUUUCACUUUCAGCAAACGAAAUUCAUAUUUGAAGAAAUUAAUUUUGAUUGGAAACAAACAUUUGUAAAAAAAAAUUGUAUGAGUACAACUUAAAAAGGAGGACUCAAUCUGAAGUUAAAAAAAGCAGACGGAAACAAAAGAAUCCAAUGGCAUAUUGUCGUAUACACUGCAUAUCUGGGAGAGAUUAAAUUUCAUUGCAAUGUCCAAGAUGGUUAAAAAAAGUCCCAGAAAGUUGGAUUGUGUUAACAAGGAUAAAGAUAAUCCGUACAAAUGUGAUGUAUGUGGCAAGGAAUUCAAAAAGGCACCUAACCUUCGAAAACAUCAAAUGACACAUGCAGCGGAGAAGCCCUAUAAAUACAAAUGUCAUUUCUGUAACAAAGGGUAUGUUGACCUGGGAAUCUUCAAGCUACACCUCGGAACACAUACAGGAGAGAAGCCAUACAAAUGUGAGAUUUGCAGUAGACAAUUUUCUGGCACACAACUUCUGAAGAGACACCUCAGGACUCAUUCAGGAGAGAAGCCUUACAAAUGUGAGAUUUGUUGUAGGCAAUUUUCUAGCACGCAAUAUCUGAAGAGACACCAGAGAACUCAUACAGGAGAGAAACCCUACAAGUGUAAAGUCUGUGAUAAAUGUUUUUCUAGUACAUGGGGUCGUAAGGAACACAUGAAGACGCAUACUGGAGAAAAGCAAUAUAAAUGUGACAUUUGCAGUCGCAGUUUUAACUGUAGAAGUAACAUGUCCAGGCACAUCCAGAGACAUAAUGGCGAGAAGCCACACAAGUGUGGUUUGUGUAACAAGAGAUUUCUUCUGCAAUGUAACUUAAGGAUGCACCUGAUGAGACAUAAAGGAGAGAGGCCCUUUAAGUGUGAAGUCUGUGGACAGGGGUUUACACGUAUGCCCAAUCUGAAACAACAUCUCAAGUUGCAUAGCAAGGAAGGUCCAUACAAGUGUGAUGACUGUGGAAUGGGAUUUCGACGGAAUUGUGAAUUACUCCGACACUGUAGAUCACAUAAAGGCAGGAAUAAUUUUACGUGUGAUAUCUGUCGUGAGGGAUUUGACCAGGCAAGUGACCUACAUACCCAUCUCAGAACACAUACCUGUGAGAAGGCAUACAAAUGUGAUAUCUGUGAGAUGGAAUUUAGUAAGGCAGAGAGCCUGAAGAUACACUGCAAGCAGCAUUCUGGAGAGAACACAUGCAGGUGUGAUCUGUGUGGUAAGAGUUUCAGCUGUAAAGGUAAUCUAUCUAGACACAUUCGUACACACAAAGGAGAGAAGCUGUUCAAGUGUGAUAUCUGUGAUAAGGAAAUUAAUGGUAACUUAAGAAGACACAUCCUCUCGCAUACAGAGAAGCUAUACAAAUGUGGUGUCUGCGGCAAGGAUUUCCGUUGUUCAAAUACUUUAAAAGAACAUUCUGCAAUGCAUACUGGAGAAAGGCCAUUCAAGUGUGAUGUCUGUGGGAAAGGCUUCAUAUCUAAAAGGAAUGUUAUUAAACACACCAAGAUACAUACUGGCGAGAAUCAGUAUAAGUGUGAUGUAUGUGAUAAGAAGUAUAGCACAGCUGAUUCUUUGUACAGACACCUCCGGAUACACACAGGGGAGAAACCAUUCAAGUGUGAAAUAUGUCACAAGGGGUUUAGCCGUGCUAGUACCCUUCAGCCACACAUGUUGAGACACUCGGGAGAGAAGCCUCAUAAGUGCGAUGUCUGUGGAAGGCAGUUUGUGGAGAAGGGGGCACUGACGAGACACCAAAUGACACACACUGGAGAAAAGCCGUACAAAUGUGACAUAUGUCAUAAGAGCAUACGUUCAAAAUACGCCCUAACAACGCCCUAACAAUCGACACAUUCUGCAGAUCAAGAGAAGCAACACAAGUGUGAUGUCUGUGGGAAGGAAUUCAGUACAGCUCAAUGCCUUAUUAGACACAGUAGGACUCACACAGGAGAGAGGCCAUACAAAUGUGAAAUAUGUCUUAAGGGGUUUACCACCUCGAGUAACUUACUGGCGCACCAUGGGACACACUCGGGCGAGAAACCGUACAAGUGUGAUGUCUGUGGUAAGGGAUUACGAACAGCACACUCGCUAAAAACACAUCGCAUGCAUCACACGGGAGAAAUGCCAUACAAAUGUGAUAUCUGUAAUAAGGGCUAUACAGAAUUUAAACUCCUCAAGAGACAUCUCAGGUUACAUACGAAAGAAAAAAACAUCCAUGCCUGACAUAUGUGUUGUAACGGGAUUAUCAGUAAAACAAGCCCUUAAAACAAGUGUACUUGCACAGUGGCAGAUCAAGAGACCAAGGGUUUUUAACCCAUUUACCCCUAAAGUCUCACAUGGACUUUUCCAAAUCAAUGAAUUGUACUGUCUACUGUGAAUAUCCAGGGUUGAGGGUUUUGAAACCAGGCAAUUGUACAAGCUGAUUUUAUAACCAAUGAUGGUGUAAUUACCCCAAAAUAUUAUAUCCAUGUAUUCCCCCUUUUUAUAAAAAUUGACCCAAGUUUUUAAAGCAAAGCUAGGAAACAAAAACACUGCCUUGAGUAAUAUUUGUUUAAAUACUAUAACAUUCAAUGGUUUUGGAAUUGAUUAAUUUCUUCCUAUUUUAAAGAAAUUAUUUGAUUCAAAAAGUCCCCUAAAAUGGAAAAUUCUGAAAAUGACAAAACUCCAGCUUUUGGGGUUUCAAUGAAUAUUUCUAGUUAAUUGAGAAAGAGUAGAGCCUCCAUAAAUCCCAUGUAAACCAAUAAAACCUAAUUAUUAGUUGGCAAAAUCAUAAUUCCUCUGUAUUCUUAUUGCUUAUAUAUGACAUUAAAGGUCAAGGGUACCAAUGCAUCAGUAAUAAUCACAAAGAAGAGUUCCACUGAUAGACUUUUUUCGAACUUGGAGUAAUCUCCCUUUGAUAUAUAAGAUGAAGUAGCCAAAAGUAGUUUUUCUGGCUUGGAGUAACUUCCCUUGUCAAGAUUUACAUGCGUUGUGACCCUUAAUUUGGAUACUCAUUUUGAUGCUCUGCAAUACGAAAAAUAUUAAACUGCCUUAUUCUGAUUUUAAACCUUCAAUACUGAAUUUUAUUAAACCGAUUUUGGCAAAAAAAUGGUCUGAAGAAACAAACAAUAAGUUAUUUUCAGUUCAACCUAAUGUAGAUUCAUGUGCAAAAGGUAGAGCAGACCGCAGAGAGGAAGUUGUCCUCUCGCGACUACGCAUAGGCCAUACCUACAUCACACAAAGUUACAUUUUACACAAGGAAGACCAGCCUUAUUGUCAUGCAUGUGAUCAACCAUUUACAGUCAAACACUUUAUGAUUAAAUGCGCUGAUUUCAAACAAAUAUGUGACAGAUUUUACAAUGUACCCUCUAUGAAACAUUUAUUUGAUACAGUUUCUGUGCAAUCAAUCUAUGAU